AUGACAAAAGAUCUCGAAAAUCAGUAUGAACCCUUAAAUUUGACAGAGAUUAAAAGUAACAUUCAGGAUAAGAAUAUAAUAGGUUAUAGUGUAAACUUCACUAUUGGUGGUGUACUAUUUUUUGGAGGAUUCAAAAUAGAUGUGGAAAAGGGUGAUGGUGAAGGUAGUAUAUGUAAUGAUGCAUAUUUAAUUCAUAUAAAAAAGGAAAAAGCUGAGUAUGAAAACCUAACAAGCAAAGUUAAACCAACAUUUAGGUGCUACCAUAACUCUUGUACUUUGCUAGAAAAGUAUGUCGUCAUAUUUGGUGGACUAAAUAAUGAAGUCCCAUUUGUUGCGUUAAAUGAUUUAUGGAUUUUUAAUAGCAUAAACAAAACCUUUGAAGAAAUAAAACAUAACAGUGGAGCAGUAGAAUCUUUAGAAAACAAUAUCAACAAAGAUUCAGAAGUAUAUGACAAUGUGAAAUUAAAUGAAGAAGACGAUCACAAAAAAGUAGAAGAGGAAGAGGAAGAGGAUGAGGAAGAUGAUGAGGAUAAUAAUGAUUCCAUAUUAAACAGUACACAUUUAAAAAAUCUAAAAAAAUAUUUAAGGCAUGACAAAAAUGAACAUUUGAAUCAGAGUAAUUGUGUCGUUCCUGCCCCUAGGUAUUUUUCUAGUUUAGAUGUAUACAUAUGUAAAAAAAAAAAAAAGGAAAAAAUAGAUCAAAAACAAGGGAAGGUGGAAGAGGAGGAGGAGGAAGAAGAAGAAGAAGAGGCGGAAAAAAAAAAGGAAGGGGACCAAAUAAAUAUAAAAAAUAACAGAAUUGUUCUAAAUAAUGAAAAUAUUUAUGAAUAUUUUAGUCUUAUUUUAUUUGGUGGAUAUGGUGGUUAUGACAGAAGCAGUUUUAAUGAUUUAUACGAAUAUGACAUUUUAAAAAACGAAUGGAUUUUAAGAUCUUGCAAAGGUAGCAUCCCUUCACAUAGAUAUGGUCACAUUUCUUUUAUAAAUGGAAAUAAUUUGUUCAUUUUAGGUGGAACAAAUGCAGAAGUAAGUUUUAGUGAUAUGUAUACCUGUAAUUUAAAAACCAAUGAAUGGUCUGAAAUUGAUUUUUCUUAUUCCUUUAACUCCUCAAAAGUAUUCUGUAGAACUAUACUCGUCGAAUCGAUAGAUAAAAAUAUAAUUUUCAUUUUUGGAGGACACAAUAUUGUUAGUGAUGAUAAGGGGAACAGAAAAAUAGAAUAUAAUAACAUUGAGUUGAAUAUGCUCAAAUUGUAUGAUACGUUUAAGUUGGAAGAUUUGAAAUACAACGUUGUUAGGCUUAGAGAAAGCAUGAUAGAUUCUACAUUUACUGGAGUUGGAAAUACCACCACAUCAGUGGCUAGCUAUGCACAAAAUGGAUCAUUGAUGAAUAAAAAUACCAAUAGUAUGAACCAAAUAGACAAGAAAAAAAUAACAGAAAAAAGAGAAACACAAGUAGAAGAUGCUGCACCAAGUAAUAUUACAUUCUGUUCUAUUACUUACGAUUUUGUUGAAUCGAAUCUAAUUAUUACGGAUUCAAAAAAAAAGAUUUAUGUAAUGAAUAUAAGUAAAAUUAUAGGACCUAAAUAUGCCAUUUUUAAUUUAUUGCCAAGAUAUUGCAAUAUGGAUGGCAAUAAAAAAAUAUUAUUGAAAGGAAAAGGGUUCACAAAUGAAGGGAAAAUAACUAUAAAAUAUAAGUCAGAAGAUGUAAAUCUAUUCAGUGAGGGGGUUUACAUUAAUGAAAAUAAUAUUUAUACAAUUGUACCUAGUGCAAAAAAUAAAAUUAAAAAUAAUAUUUGUGAUGUACAAUUAUCUAUCAAUGAUAAAUGUUACACAACCAAUAGUUGUGUCCUGGAGUACUAUUACAACAUAGAUCUAAAGAAUACUCUUAUUUUUGGAACUGGUUUGUUAGAACCCAUAUGUUUAAAAGAAUCAAAUAUAUUUUUUUUAAUAGCUAGAAAUUCAUUAAAUGAAAAUAAAAAAAUUGGAGGGGACAAAUUCGAAAUAUGUAUCUCAUAUGAACAGAACAACCAUCAUCACAAUUUGAAAUACACCAUAUACGACCUUAGCAAUGGUUUUUAUAUUGUUAAGUAUUUUCCUUAUGAAAAGCACACAGAAGAAAAUGCUGCUACAGUUCCUUCUAUUCAUGGUGAAGAAACUGGAAAUACUGCAGGGAAUUCCAACUUAACACAGGGUGUCGGAAGUACCGAUGGGAAAACUGGAGAAGAACCAAGUGUAAGCGUACCCGUGGAGGAGGGUUCAACUCUGAUUAUGGAAGGCGGAGGUUCACAUGUAGGGAUCAGCAAAGAGGAUCUGGAAAAGGAUAGAAUCCAUGACAGCCGUAGCAAUGACAGCCGUAGCAAUGACAGCCGUAGCAAUGACAACCGUGGCAAUGAAAACCACAGCAAUGAAAACCACAACAAUGAAAACCACAGCAAUGGUAAAGGGUUUAAUGAAGUUCCUUUAAUGAACACAGGAACUGUCCACAUCUCAGUGAAGUUGAAAGAAGAACAUAUUCGAAACAGCCCAUUUGCCUUAAAAGCAUACAACCUGGUACAAGAAAAAACAACGUUCGUCAAAAAAUUCGUUAAUGAUAGAUUAGAAGACUUAGUAAGAAAAGGGGAAAGAGUGUUUGACUUAAUUAAAAACAAAGAUAUGAAUAUUGCUAACUUGAUUGCGUUAAAUAAAAAUAUUGAAGACUUCCUGCACAAUUUCUCGAAAUCCAUAUACGACAUAAAUGUAAUCGAGCAGUACAUACGCUAUGGAACAAUUGAUGCAAGUAAAAUAGAACAAAUAAUAGAACAGAUGCAUCUGGAUGGAAAUGUGGUCGAUUCCUUUCUGGAAGAUGAGUCUUCCAUUGAUAGACAGAUUAAUGAUUUGAUAAAUGGAGAAAAAAACAAGAAGUCGUGUUCGUGGGGUAGCACAAAUGGAGAAAAUGAACAAACUGAAAAAAAUACUGAACAUGAAUUGGAUGAAGAGAAAGAAGCGAGAGAAGCACACGAAGCGAGAGGAACAAACGAAGCGAGAGAAGCAAACGAAGCGAAAGGAUCGAAAGAAGACGGUAACCAAAAUGAGCACACUUGGAAGAACAUCGGAAAGAGCACUUUAAAGGUUAAGGACAAUGAGAAAAUUGCAGGUUAUAUCGAAUCAAACAAAGUAAAAACUAUAGACUAUAUUGACACUAAAUUGCUGAAAAAAAUGAAAAAUUAUAUUACACAAUUGAAUAAUGAGGAAUCCAAUUUGAGAAAGAGGAAGGAUGAUAAAAGAAGCAACAACGCUGAUACAAAGACUUCAGCAGCCUCUACAGUGACGAAUAAUAAUAAUGUGCGAAUGAAGGAGGAAAUGGAGGAAAAUUCUUACGAAGAAUAUCUACUCCAGUGUGAAGAAAACCAAAUUGAAGUAAUAAAAAGCUUGCUAACAUUUUACUACAAACUAAGGUCUGUUUGUAUUUGCAAGAAAGAAAAGGAAUUGAAGGAUGAAUUUUUGAAGGAAGAGAAAGAAAGCAUUAAAAAAUUAAAAUUAAAUUUUAACAAAUUUGUAAAUAUAAAAAAAAAUUUAGAAAUUUCAAGUGUCUAUAAGCAUAGCAAUGGGUGUGAGAAUUCACUAAAAGAGUUGGAGAAUAUGAAAAAAUAUUUAGCUGAAAUUCAAGAAGAAACUACAAAGAUAAAGCAGAUUUCAGAAAAUAUAAUAAAAAUAGACAAUGUAGAAGAAUUAAAUAAAGACAUAGAAGUUUUGAAUAACGAAAUAAGCGAAAUUGAGAAGCUAUGGCUUUUUAUUAAAAAGAAAGAAGAAGUUUUAAAUGGAUUUCUUUUUUCCACUUUUAAAGAUUUAGACGUCGAAGAUUUUGAUAUCGAAAUGAAGAAAUUACAAAACGAAUUUAAAAAAAUUAAAGUAGAUAGAAAACAUAAUAUAUGUAAGGAAGAAAUGACAAAAUUAAAAGAUAACACAAAGUUCAUUUCUGUCAUAAGUGAAUUGAAAAAGCCCUUCAUCAAACAUAGACAUAUAAAAGAGAUAGAAGAUAACAUAAAUGAAGAAAGAGAAAAGGAAAAUCAAGACCCAAUCACUAUUUUAAUUGAUGAAAAUACAUUAACAGUGUAUUUUUACAAAAUGAAUGUAAUGAAAUACCAGGAUACAAUCGAAGAAGUAACGAUAAAAGCUUACAACGAAAAAACUAUUGAAGAAACUAUUCAAAAAUUUGAAAAAUAUUGGGAUAAAAUAUACUUUAAAAAUAAAAAUUAUAAAAAUAAUAUAGUACUAACAUACAUUGAUGAUAUGUGCAUAGAAACUAUAGAAGAACAUCAAGUGACUUUACAAAAUUGCUUUUCAUCAAAAUAUUUUCUAUUCUUCUCAACAGAUUUAAACAUCUGGCAAAAAAAAAUCUCUAAUACAUAUGAAGUUAUACAAUUACUCAAAGAUAUAGAAAAGUUGUGGACCUAUCUACAAAAUAUGUACAUUUACUCAGAAGAAGUAAAAAAAGAGUUGCCACUCUAUUCUAAGUUCUUUCUAACCAUAAAUGAUGAAUAUUUAGAAAUGUUAAAACACAUUAACACUAAUAAUAGCAAAGUUAUCGAAUUUUCAAAUGAAGAAGGAAUUAUAGAAAAAUUAGAAGAACUAAAAGUUAAGUUAUGUAAAAGUGAAAAACCGCUAAACGAAUAUCUGGAUUCAAAAAGGAAAUCAUUUCCCAGAUUUUUUUUUAUAUCAUCCACUGAUUUGAUCGAUAUUUUAUCCAAUGGAAAUAGUUUCAAACUCGUUAAUACCCAUGUGCAGAAAAUUUUCCUUUCUAUCAGAAGGUUCGUUACUAGAAAUGAGUCUCUCACUGAGUAUGAGAAGCAAAAUGAGGUUAGCCUUUUUCCUGCUGGAGGAAGCAGUGGAAAUGGGGAUACACAAAAUGGAGAAAAACAAAACCUUGAUAAGGAAGACAAACCGAAAGACACAGCACAAGAAAUGAACUCGUUAGUAGAAAAGGAUGAUACCACAAUCAAAGGGGAAGAACAGAACGAGAUUAUUACAAAACUUAUUUCAUCGUACGGAGAAGAAAUAUGCAACUUUCAUGAUCAGCUAGCUCUGAAAGGAAAAGUUGAAUGCUACCUGAAUGAUAUAAUAAGACAUAUUAAACACACUUUAAAAUAUUACAUUGCAAACCUGUUUAAGUUAAAACAUGUAUAUAACAAGGAAAAAGAAAAAUGGAUUGAUGAAAAUUACUUGUCUCAAGUUUUUAUCCUUUGUAACACUAUCUUUUUUAUACAAGAUGUUGAAAAUAUUCUAAGAAAGAAGGAUUCAAAUGUUCAUGAAGAGUUGAAGAUGUAUUACAAGAACCAUAUUAUUCAACUAGAAAAUGUAAUUAAAAAGGUUCAGAAAAAAUUGACCGUAAAAAAUAGAAUAAAAAUUAUGUGCAUAAUCACUUUAGAUACUUUCUACAGAGAUGUAUUAGAAGUCAUUUUGAAAAAUAAAAAUUCAAUAUCUGUAGAUAUGUUUGAUUGGCAAUCUCAAAUUAGGAUGUAUCCAUACUUUAAAGAUAAAAGCAGUGAUAAUCAUCUCCUCUCAAUGAGAACAGGUAGGAUAUCGGAUAAUACUGACUUUGUACAGGAAAAUGAACAGAUAAUCGGAUCUACAAAACACAAGGACGAGGGAAAUUCCCAAAUUAUUGCAGAAGAUACAGAAGAUGCAAAAGAUGCAGAAAAUGGAGAAGAUGCAGAAGAACAGGAACAACUACAACAUUCCGUUGUGCACAAGAGCGAUGAUGAAGUUUAUAAAAAAGAUUCUCGAAAUUUUAAACAAUUGUGUAUAAAAAUAAGAAUAAUGGAUUGCUCUUUUAACUAUUCUUAUGAUUAUAUAGGAAAUUAUCAAAGGUUAGUUAUAACCCCUUUGACGAGUCGUAUAUAUAUAACUGCUACUCAGGCCCUGAGCUUAUAUAUGGGAUGUGCUCCUGCUGGUCCUGCAGGAACUGGUAAAACAGAAACGACAAAAGAUUUAUCCAGCUUUUUUGGAAAAAACUGUUACGUCUUUAAUUGUUCAGAUCAGUUAGACUAUAAAAGCAUGGGUAAUAUAUUCAAAGGAAUUGGUAGCACAGGAUGUUGGUGCUGCUUUGAUGAAUUUAACAGAUUAAUCCCAGAAGUUUUAUCUGUUUGCUCUAUUCAAUUUAAAUCCAUUCUAGAUUGUAAACGCAAUAACAAUAAUGUGUGUAUAAUUGGAUCAGAUGAAAUCAUUGUUAAAAAAAAUUGCGCUGUUUUUAUUACUAUGAAUCCUGAUUAUUUAGGAAGAUCAAAAUUGCCAGAAAGUCUUAAAAUAUUAUUCAGACCUAUCACUGUAAUUAUUCCAGAUUUUAACAAAAUAUGUGAAAAUAUGCUCAUGGCUGAAGGGUAUGUAAAUGCAAAAUAUCUGUCUAUCAAGUUUACUACUUUUUUCGAAUUAGCACAAAGUUUACUCAAGGAGAAACAUUGCGAUUGGGGGUUGAGAAGCAUUAAGAGCGUUCUUACCAAAGCAGGGUUCCUUAAACGAGCUUAUCAAAACAUGGAUGAAAAUAAAUUACUCUAUUCAGCUAUACACGACAUUAACAUUGCAAAAAUAUCCGCUUCCAAUUGUCCAGUGUUUUCAGGGCUCCUCAAUGAUAUAUUUCUUUCCAAUAAAGGGGAAGGGAAAUCAUCUGCUUCUUUGGAAAUAGUAGACUCAUCAAAAUCGAUUCCUUCAGAGGAUAACCCAAAUGAGAAGAAGUGCAAAUCGCAAGGAUCAGAAGAAGACACAAAAAACACAGAGACAAACUUAAGGGAUAAACAUAAAGAUGGAUUCCAUCAGAAUAAGAUGGAAGAAGAGUUGAUGGAAAUAUGCAAGAAGAAUCACCUAUUUGGGCUGAAUUAUUUUGUUAAUAAAAUUAUACAAUUAAACGAUAUUAUUAAUAUAAGACAUUGUGUAUUCAUCAUGGGAGAAGCGGGAUGUGGAAAAACAACAUUGUUUAAUAUGCUAAUGGAAUAUCAAAAGCAACAGAAUUUAAAAACAGUGAGUAUUAGAAUAAACCCUAAAUCUAUCAGCAUUGAUGAUUUAUACGGUAAUGUACAUAUCAAAACAAGAGAAUGGAAAGAUGGAGUUUUUUCGAAAUAUAUGAGAAAUUAUUCCAAGAGAGAUGAUUGUGAUAAAGCUUACAUAAUUUUUGAUGGAAAUUUAGAUUCUCAUUGGAUUGAAAAUAUGAAUUCAGUUAUGGAUGAUAAUAAAGUGUUAACCUUAUCAUCCAAUGAGAGGAUAUUAUUAAAAAAUCAUAUGAACUUAGUAUUUGAAUUUAGUGAUUUAAUGUUUGCUACCCCUGCUACUAUAUCUAGAGCUGGGUUAGUUUAUUUUUCUGUGGAUACGAAUGAUAUAUGGAAGAAUUAUUUUCUAUCAUGGAUUGAUAAGCAUGAUAAUUUUAAUUCCACUGUUAAGAAAUCAUUUGAAAAAUUAAUGUAUAAAUAUGUAGAGCCCACUUUUGCUUAUCUAAAUACAGUACAAGCAUCUAUUAAGGUAUCUGCCAUAUCACAUAUCCAAUCUUUGACAUCUCUAUUAGAUAUACUAUUAAAGGAUAAUAAUUACGAAAGUAUUGAACACUAUUUUGUUUACUCAGUCAUUUGGUGUUUUGGUAGCUUUCUUGGUGAAAAAGAAAAUGUAAAUUACAAGAAAUGUUUUGAUAAAUAUUGGAAAAAUACAUUUAAAAGUAUAAAAGUGAACAGAAAAAUUAGCGUAUUCGACUUUUACAUAGAAAAUAAUAAAUUUAAAGAAUGGGAAGAAAGUGAAAUAACGAAUGAAGUAAAUCCAAAUCAUUUGCUAAAAGAUGAUAUAUUCAUCGAAACAGUGGAAAGCUACUCAUAUAAAUAUAUAAGCAAAUUAUUUUUAAAAUCCAACAUGCCUAUCCUUUUUAUAGGAAAGACAGGUGUGGGAAAAACACUUUUAUGUAAAAAAAUAUUAAAUGAAGAAAAAGAACAAUAUAAAAGUUUCUACAUGAUUUUUAAUUAUUAUACAAAUUCUAAAAAUGUACAAUGCUUAAUGCAAAGUUGUUUAGAAAAAAAAUCUGGCAAACAAUUUAGUCCUCCAUAUCAACAGAAAUUAAUUUACUUUAUAGAUGAUAUUAAUAUGCCCAAAUGUGAUGAUUAUAAUACACAAAGUGCUAUUGAAUUAUUGUGUCAAUAUAUAGAUACAAAUUCAUGGUUUGAUUUAGAAAAACUAAAUUUGAUAAAAAUAUUAAACACCAAACUUGUAUCUUGUAUGAAUUAUAAUAGAGGAAGUUUUACAGUAAAUCCAAGAUUACUUCGUCAUUUUUUUAUUUUAAAUAUGAAUUUUCCAGAAAAUAACACUGUAAAUAAUAUAUUUAGUGUACUUUUGAAAGGGUAUUUUAGUAAUUUUAAGCAGGAUGUAUCAGAUUUAGUUCCGUCCAUACUUAAAUCCACCAUUUCUUUAUAUUACAAUAUAGAAAAGACAUUCAAAAGAACAGCUACAUAUUUUUAUUAUGAGUUUAAUUUGAGAGAUAUUCACAGUGUGGUUAAGGGAUUACUCACUGCUCAACCUAGUGUUUUUCAAGAUUGUGAUAAACUUCUCUUUCUUUGGCUCCAUGAAUGUGAACGGGCUUAUUCAGAUAAACUAAACAAAGUAGACAAAAAAAAGUUUAAAAGUAUUAUUGUAGAUAUAAUCAAAAAGAUGUAUAACAAGUACGAAAUUAAUAAAUUUGUUAUGAAGAAUUACAAUGAUUUGCUCUUUUCCAAUUUCCACAAAGGAAAUAGUGCUAGUAGUACUUAUCACACUAAAGCUUACGACUUGUGCAAAAAUAUGGAAGAAUUGAAUGAAUAUUUAACAGAAGAACUAAACGAAUAUAACAAUUUCUACAAUUUAAACAUUGUACUCUUUAAUGAUGCUAUAAAACAUAUAUGCAAAUUAAUCAGAAUAAUAGACAAUUUAAAAGCUCAUGCUUUAUUACUAGGAAUUGGUGGUUGUGGAAAAACAACAAUAUCAAAAUUUUCUUCCUAUAUAUCAUCCAAAACAUUUUUGGAAAUGGAUUUUUCAGCACAUUGUACUGAUAAUGAUAUAAAGAAAUAUUUACAAAAUAUUUUCCACAAGUGUGCAAUGAAAAAUGAAGACAUUAUUUUAUUUAUAAAAGAAAGUAAAAUACACGAUAGUUUUUUUAUCUACGUAAAUGAAUAUAUGUGUUCAAAUAAUAUUAUCGAUUUAUAUACGAAAGAAGAAAAAGAUUACAUCAUACAAAAUAUGAGGAACAUAGCAAAAUCAGAGGGAAUCCAAGAAAAUGACAAUGAUAUAUUUGAUUUUUACAUCAAAAAGGUAAAUGAAAAUUUACAUUUUAUUCUUUGCUUCUCUCCUACAAGCAAUAAUUUUAGGGAUAAAUCUAACAACUUCCAGUGCAUACUUAACAAAACCAUGAUUGAUAUUUACGAAAAUUGGGAAUCUGAUUCCCUUAUGUGCGUUGCCCAGAACUAUGUUAAAAACAUUUACAUGAACAUCACCACAGGGGAUAUUGUCUUAAACGACGAUUAUUUAAAGUUGUUGAAUCGUACAGAAAAUAUCAGUAAGGAUUGUUCAACUAAGGCAGGGCAAAUGGGAGAAACUAUCACCACACCUGCUACUCAAGUGGGUGAAAGUGCAUGCACAUUGCCCGUAGCUCAUGCCAAACCCCCUACAAACGAAGCUGAAUAUGUCAAUCUGAAAGGAAUUAUAACAGAAUAUCUGAAAGAGUGCUACGAAGAUCUUUUGGGCAUAUCAUCCAACUACUACUUACAUGAGAGGUCGCACAUUUAUAUAACCCCGAAACUAUACCUGGAGAGCAUCAAGACGUACCACAUGAUGCUGGAGAAAAAUAUAACAAGCAUAAGUAACAAAAUGGACAUGCUAAAAAAUGGAAUUACGAAAAUGAAUGAAACAAGUUCUAACGUAGAAAAUAUAAAAAAUUGCCUGAAAGAAAAAAAAAAAAUAUCUGAGGAGAAAAAAGAAGCGGCCGAAAAGUAUGCUAUAGAUAUUGGGAACGAGAAAAUGAUUGUUAAAAAAGAAAGUGAUUUGGCAGAUAUAGAAGAACAGAAGUGUUUGGAGAUUCAAAAAACAGUAUUGAAGCAACAAGAAGAAUGUGAAAAUGACAUAACUCUAGGUAUUCCACUAAUAGAACAGGCAGAAGAAGCUUUGAAUACAUUAAAUAAAAAGAACAUACAAGAAUUAAAAACAUUAAAUAAACCCCCACCAGGAGUAGAAGAUAUUACUGCUGCUGUUAUGCAAUUAUUAGCAACAAUUGACACAACUAUAAGUGUGGACAAGUUUGGAAAAAUUAAAGAUGCCAGCUGGAAAUCUGCUCAAAAAAUGAUGAUAAAUCCAGAAAAAUUUAUUUCUUUACUUAAAGAUUAUAAAAAUAAAAUAGAUGAAAACUUAGUCCCAGAUUGUAAUUUCAAAUAUGUAGAAAAUUUAAUUAAUUUGCCACAUUUUAAUAAAAAUGCGAUUCAGAAAAAAUCCAAAGCUGCUGCAGGUUUAGCUGAAUGGGUUCUAAAUAUUACAUCUUUUUAUAAAAUUAUACAAAACAUUUUGCCAAAGAGAAUACUACUAGAUAAUACCAAAAAAAGUCUAGAAGAAGCAAAUGAAAAAUUACAAAUAGUACGUGAAAAGGUACAAUCCCUCAAAUCUCAGUUAAGCACUCUCAUAAGUCAAUAUGAUCAUGCACUUUACGAAAGAGAUCUUGUAAUUCUAGAAGAAAAAAAAUUAAAAACCAAAUUAGAAUUAUCUAUCAGAUUGAUUGACGCUUUAAGUAGUGAACAAAUAUCAUGGUCUAAUCAAUAUGAAACUUUGAAAAAAAAAAAAAAAACUAUCUUAACAGAUAUAUUGUUGUCUUCCACAUUUGUGACAUUCUGUGGAGGAUUUACAAAAAAGUAUAGAAACAAAAUAAUGACCAAGUGUGUUGAAACGUUAAAUAGGAAAAACCAAAUUCAAAAUAACAUUUUUAACGAAAUGUUCAAGAAGUUACAUAAUGGUCAUGAAAAGGAAAGUAUCAACAAGGGAAAUUCUGAGAAAAGAUCAAUGGAAAUUCCAUCUGCAGUUAAGAUUGGAAGAGACUGUGGGAACAACGCCACUGUUGUGGAUAACGGUGCUAAUGGAAAUGUUGGAAUUUGCCAUAACGCAGAUUUACACAAUUUGUCUAAAACGAGAGAAGAAAGUGCACAAUGUGCAGAUGGAGCGAAAGAAGAUAUAAUAUAUGAUAUUUUUUCUGUAACUAACUUCAAUUUAGAUCUACUUAUAAAUGAAGAAAUUUUAUCAAAACUGAGCAAACAAGGAUUAACUUUAAAUUCAGUGUGCAUAGAAAAUAACUUAAUACUAGAGAACAGUGAAAAAUUCCCUAUCAUUAUAGACCCACAAAUGGAAAGCUUGAAAUGGUUAAUAAAUAAUCAAAAGGAAAAAAGUGAAAAGUUAAUUAUAACAGAUAUUAAUGAUAAUAUGCUGCUGAAAAAAAUACAGGAAUGUAUAUCAUUUGGAUAUUCAAUAAUUAUAGAAAAUGCAGAUGAAUAUAUUGAUAAUACCUUGUAUAAUAUUAUUUCUAAAAAUAUUAUUAAAAGAAAAAAUAAUUACUAUAUUAAUAUAAAUGAUAAAGAAUUUGUAUUUCAUCCAUCUUUUUAUAUUAUUCUACACACUCAAUUAUCUAACCCACAUUAUCAACCAGAAAUUCAAUCAGCUUGUUCUCUUAUUAAUUUCACAGUAACUCCUGAUGAUUUAGAGGAACAUUUAUUAUCUAUAACUUUACAAAAUGAGUUUAAUCAUUUAUCCAAAAAAAAAAAAAAAUUGUCUUUAUUAAAAUAUGAUUACAUGUGUCAGCUGUCUUUUCUCCAAUCCUCUAUAUUGCAAAAAUUAACCAAUGCCAAAGGAGAUAUUUUAGAAGAUGUAUCAUUAAUAGAAAAUUUAGAAAAAACAAAAUUACUUAGUGAAAACAUUGCAAAGAAGACAGAAAUUGUUAAAAAUACUGAAGUACAUAUUAAUACCAUUAUUAAUUUAUAUAGACCUUUGUCAAAAAGAGCAGUUAUGUAUUUCUUCGUUCUACAGAAACUCAAAAAUAUACACUCAUUUUAUUUUUAUUCCUUGGAAAUAUUUUUAAAAAUAUUCAUUAAGUGCCUCAAUGAUUGUUCUCAAUUCAGGCCUCCAAACAGUGGUCCAAACGUUAAGGAAAAAAAAAAAAACAAAAAGGUUCUAAAGGGGCCAGGGUCGCAUAAAAGCAGUGAUAUGCAACAGGAGAAAGCGAGAGAAGAAAACUUGGAAACAUAUAAAUUCGAACUGGAGUCUCCAACGAAUGCAGCCGUAAAUGGAGCCACAAAUGGAGCCACAAAUGGAGCCAAAAAUGGAGCCAAAAAUGGAGCCACAAAUGGAGCCAAAAAUGGAUCCACAAAUAGAGCCACAAAUGGAGCCAAAAAUGGAGCGCGAUUAUCGGUUGAGUCAUUCGAUCCAGAGCCUGACCCUUCAGAAGUGGAAGAAGAAAAAAUAAAAGUUCUGGUGGAAGAGGAAAAGCAGAAAAACGGGUAUAGUUCACAGAAAAAAAAUGAGGAUCCCGAAAUGGAAGGUCUAGAAAGGUGCAAAAUAUUAGAGGAACAAAAUUUGGAUGAAGACGACCUGGGUGAAGAAGACCUGGGUGAAGACGACCUGGGUGAAGACGACCUGGAUGAAGAAGACCUGGGUGAAGAUGACUUGGAUAAUGAGGAUGCGAAAAAUGAAGGAACGAAGAUAGAUAAGAACGAGGUGGAGAAGAGGGUGAACGUGCUGAUAAGUCUUCUAAUUGAGAAGAUGUGGAUGUACAUCGACAAGGGGUUAUUGGAGAGAGACAAGUUAAUCGUGAAGUGCCUAAUUAUGCUAAACUUGGAGAAGCUGAACGGUAAGAUUAACCAAGAAGAAGAAGAAGUGUUUAUAAACCCUAAAUAUAAGUUAAAAAUGAAUAAAAAGGAAAAUGAACAACAUGUAGAAAAUAGAUUAAUGAACAAAUCAUUUAUUAGUGAAGAUUUAUAUCAGGAUUGUAAAAAUUUAGAAAAUUUGAAAGACUUUGAAAAUUUAACAGAAAGUUUAGAAAGUGAAAGUAUGUCAUGGAAGCAAUGGUUUCUGAGCGACAAGGUAGAAAAUGAAGAACUUCCUCGAAAAUACAACAACUUAAAGGACUUUUCUAAACUGCUAUUAAUAAGAGUAUUGCGUAAAGAUAGAUUUCCGAUAGCUUUAAAAAACUACAUUAAAGCCAAUAUUAAAAUGACGAAUGAUGAGAAAAAUACAUGUUCACUUGGAAAAAUACUAGAAGAAUACAUCGACAAUAAGACACCUGUUUUGUUUCUCUUAACCCCUGGCAAUGACCCAUCCAAAGAUAUAGAAGAAUACGUUGAAAAGUUAAAAAAGGAAAAAAAAAAAGAAAAAAAAAGUGAACAUAAUGAAGAAAAUGAAGGCAAAAAUGGAAAGAACAUUGGAGGUAAAAGUGAAAAUGAAAAUGAACUUGAAGGUGAAAAUGAAAAUGAACUUGAGGGUGAAAAUGAAAAUGAAAUUUCAUAUGUAAACAUAUCUAUGGGACAAGGCCAGGAAGAUAUUGCUCUAAAGUACCUUAAAGAAAUAUCCAAAACUGGAGGAUUAAUAUUUUUACAAAAUAUUCAUCUGAUGACUAAAUGGUUAAAAGAAUUUGAAGAAAAUUUAGAUAAAAUACUUGCGGAUGCUCAUCCAAACUUCCGACUAUUCCUAUCAUCAGCAAUUCCUUUGGAAAAAGACACAAAAUUAUUACCUGAAAAAUUGUUGAAAAAGUGUUUUCGAAUAAAUAAUGAAAAAUCUUUUAGUUUAAAGGAUAAUAUUAAAUCUUGUUUAGAAAAAUUUGAAAACAAAGACUAUGACGAUAAACUGAGAAAUGUCAUUUUUGGUCUAUCUUAUUAUCAUAGUUUAUUAUUGGGAAGGUUUCUAUAUGGAAAAAUUGGGUUCAGUCAAACUUACUCUUUUAAUGAUAAUGAUUUGGAAAUCUCUUUUAAUAUUAUCAAGAGAUAUUUAAACAGCUACAAUGCUUUUCCCUUAAGAGAUGUGUUAUUCUUGAUAGGGGAAAUAAUUUAUGGUGGUCAUAUAACAGACAUAUGGGAUAGGAGAAUAAAUAAAACGUAUAUUAAAAAUAUACUCAAGGAGAUAUACAAAAAUGUUGUUUCGAUUAAUGAACGUGCUUGCCAGUUUCAACAAAAGAUGGAUCCUCAGGGUAGCGACUCUCACCUGAAGGGAGUAAGCGCCCAAGUGAGUUAUCCAAAUGUACGCAAUGGUGUCGAUAAUGACGUUGAUAAUGAUGUCGAUAAUGGUUAUGAUAAUGAUGUUCACAAUGAUGUUCAUAAUGAUGCUGAUAAUGAUGUUCACAAUGAUGUUCAUAAUAAGGAUGAUGUGUGCGAUGAAAUCGAGGGAAAGAACGAUAUAGACUCAAACGAGAGUGAAUCUUCCAUGGGAAACCAUAAAUUCCACAAGAGGAACAACAAAAUAGGCGAAAUAGACGAAGUGGACGAAAUGGACGAACGAGCCAUCCUGAAGAGCACACGAAAUAACAUAUUGUUCGAGAUUUUUAAAUUCCCAGAUUGCACCAAAUACAACAUUGGUCAGCUAAAAAAAUAUAUUGAUGAAAAGUUGAACAAAGAACAGACGUACCUACUAGGGUUACAUGUGAAUGCAGAAAUUGAGUAUAUGAAAAAUGAGUGUUCUAGAAUUCUGCAGAAUUUACAAGAGAUUAGCAAUAGAGAAAUUUCCUCCACUGGUACUUAUCAAAAGGGUGAAAAAAAUGAUAACAGUAAGGGUAGUAAUACUGACCAUAAUACAGAUCCUUCAAAGUGCUCAAAGUUGUCAGACGAAAUGGGGCAAAAGAGGAAGGACAACAGCAGAAGCACCAACAAUGGGGGUGGAAAUGAAACAGAGGAAGGGGAAAACAAAGGAAGCAAAAUUAUAUACGACAUUAUCAACCGUCUUCUAAACGAACUCCCUGAAAAGAUCGACAUACAGGAUCUGAAAAUUGAAGACUCUGAAACGAAUACAUUUAUGAUUAUAGCAUUGAAAGAAGCAGAAAAAUUUAACAUACUGAUUGAAUGCAUCAAUGAUACAUUAAUUGAGAUAAAGUUAGUCUUAGAUGGUAUUUUAAAUAUGAAUAAUAAAAUACAGAAUACUAUUAAAUCUUUACUAUUACAUAAUAUUCCUGAUAUAUGGAAAAAUUUUUCUUAUCCUUCCAAGAAAAAAUUAAUGCCAUGGUUUGAAAAUUUUAAGUUGAGAAUUAUUUUUAUAAAAGAAUGGAUUUCAAAAAUACGAAAUAAUAUAUUUUUACCAAAUUCUGUUUGGCUGUCUGCUCUAUUCAAUCCAAUUUCUUUUCUCACUGCAAUUAAGCAAAAAUUUUCUCAUGAAAAUAAAGUUCCUAUUGAUAAGUUAAGGCUCAAAUGGCACGUAACAAAUAUAACUAAGGUAGAAGAUUUAAACAAUAAAAACAACGCUUUAUAUAUUCAUGGUCUAUUUCUGCAAGGUGCUUCUUGGGUAAUAAAUUCAAAAAAUGACACAUUCACAUUUGAUAAAGAUAAUUUAAAUGAUAACGUCUCUUAUGGAAACAUAGUCGAAUCCAUCCCAAAAAAUAUUUACUUCCCCAUGCCACUUCUGUACGUUUACUGUAUCACCAAUGAGCAAGAUGAACUCCUCAAUCGCACCUUGGACUCCCACUAUUUGGACACCCCUCUCUACAUUACUUCAGACCGUGGAAAUACUUUUGUCUGUUCGAUCGAUUUGAACCUAGAAAUUGACGAUGUCGAAGACAAAUGGAUUUUGGCAGGAGUGGCACUGUUACUAUCGGACGAUUAG